UUGGUUCUGGUACUGUGGUCGAAAUGAAGCAGACAGGCUCUCCCAGUCCUCAGCCCUCUCCCUCUGCACUGAUUUAUUACCACCAUCUGGUUCCUGUUUCCUUGCACCAGCAGGAUGGAAAGUUCCAUAAACAAAGCCACUCUUGUUACCCUGCCCAAGCCGACUCUGCACAGCUAAUUUGCAGUUUUUCAAGACGUCACCACCACUCUGUGCCAGUUUUGCUUUCUUCUGGAUUGUUGAAUCCAGGUUGCUUCUGUGCAUGUCAAUGUUUGUUAGUUCAGUCCCAAAUGUUCUUUUGUUCGAUACAGCCUUCCCUGGUGGGUGUCCAUCAACUGUGACACCAUUUCCUGCUUUUGGUUUCCCUUGCUUGCCCAACCAACGGAAAGCAGGCUUUCUUGUGUCCGCUUGAUGUAUCUGGAAGCCAUAAUUCAAGAGUGGGUGUUAAAAAACAGCCCCUAUCAUUGGAUUUCGAUUUAAUCGUCAGUGAGGAUCGAAAGCCUACCUUCUCAAUUUGAUUCAAAGAAGACAGCACAUUGGCAAUAUCUCCGAACGUUAGCUGCAUUAUCAAUAAGAUAUCAAGAUUAUUAUGUUAAAAAAAUUACUUUGGAUCAUCCAUUUGCCACAAACACCUCUUACUAUUCGGUUUCCCUUUACAAAAUUAUACUAUCCAAUUGCAGGGGCUCUUCAUGUCCAUAUUUAGCGUUUAUUUAGCGUUUUCCUCGCAGAUGACGUCUUAGAAACGAACCGGGGGUUGCACUCCAUUCGGAGAUCUGUCCAACACCACCAACACAGAUGGGGUCAGCAAUCUCGACGUUGGUGUACCCAUGACAUCCGCUACACAGCCACCCCUCGCAAAUCUUAAAGAACGUAAGAGGCAAAGGGUAAGGGAUCGGUAUGCGCAAAUGUCUGGCCAAGAAAAAGAUGAAUUUUUGAAAAAGAAAUGUGAAGCAUAUCAUCGAAUAAAGCUGAAGCCACCCUUGUAAUUGCCGAACAACAUCAAACAUCCACACCCCUCCCAACUACAUCCAUUAAGGAGUACAUGGCUCCGUACGAUAGUAGUGAUUGGUUGCGCAGAAGUGAUACGUACCAGAGGCAAAACGUUCCUUUACCAUAUCGGGUACAAGAGAGAAUUAUGACCAGUACUGAAACAACAAAGACCCCUAUUCAAUUGCCAGGUGACUGCACACCUACGUAUGAAGACAUUGUUGAAAACGGAAGCAUCAUUGACGUCACUAAUACCCCACGUUGCCCUAUUCCAGGUGAUGACGAUGUCAUAUUCGAAGAGGACUCCGAAGAGGAGGAGGGCUACAUGUUUGCUGACGGGGACACUGAUGAGGAUGUCAAAUUCGAUGAAACUGACGACGCCUCUGCUACUAUCUCUAGCAUACCUGAUCUGUACGACCACAUGUAUAGCAAUAUACCCUCAACCACGCACAUGCUGAAGUAG